GCCCGGAGCGGGAGCCGGGGCCGCAUCUCCGGGGCCGCAUCUCCGGUGCCGCCGCUGCCCAGGAGAAAACGGGGACAGCCGAGCCACCCUCCCGGUGCCCUCGGGAACGCGGCUCGGUAAACAAUGGAGCCAGAUGUAAAAGUGAAUGAAGACUUCAAAAGCCAGUUUAAGGCUUAUCAGGAGCAACAGCAAAGGCGGCUGCAAGAUUUGAUGGAGAGGAAGAAGGAAAAGCAGAACAGGCAGAAGAACACUGGCAGCACAAAGAAGACUAUAAAAGCCCUGAGUGACCUAAACCUGUUUAAUAAAGGACCUCCUGUAAAUGAAGAUGCCAGCAAAAGUUUUCUUGAGGCUGAGAAUGAGAAGCUGCAGGAUCAGCUGCGAGAGGUCCGGGAUGAGAACUGCAGGCUCUACAAACUGGUGUCAGAGAAAGAUUUUGAAAUAAAUCAGCUCCAGAGAAGACUGCAGGAGGAAAGGUUGGCUCUGUCAGGGGUGUCUGGUAUAGCUGGAGACGUGGCAGCCACUAAAAUAGUUGAGUUGGCCAAAAAGAACCGUGAGAUAACUGCUGAGUUUGAGAGUGAGAGAGCCAGAGUGAAGCAGCUGAAUUACAAAGUCAAGGAGCUGGAGAGAGAACUACAGGCAGCCACAGAAAAAAUCCAUUCCCUUGGUGGCGAUGCUGCAGGAAUCAAGGAAUCAACUCUGAAAAUACUGGAAGGAAACUUGGCUGAAAGUCCAGAGGUGAAAGCACUGCAGGAAAAAUUGAGCACAGCCAAUACAAAAGUGACGGAAUAUCGGAACCAGCUCCAGAACGUGAAACAGGAACUGAAGCUGACCCAAAAGAUUUUAGCCAAAGAAGUUGGGGAAGAUGUGAAUAUCCAAAGUCUCUUGACCAAUUCUGGCAGCUGGCGUGGACGAGCUCAGCAAAUUCUUCUUCUCCAAACCAGGAUUCGAGAGCUGGAACAUAAACUGAGUCAAAACAAGAUCACAGCUUCUCUGCUUGAGGUGGAUGAGGGAUUUCUGGCAUUUCCUCAUUCAAGGAAGUUGUCAGUCCAAGAGAAGAAUUUGCUGAAGAUUCGCAACUUGGAAAAAGAGAAGAGGGAAUCUUUGGAGAAACUCGCUGAGCAAUACAACUCUCUCCAAAAAAAACAUGAGGAACUGAAAAAAAAACUGGAUGCCUCAAGAGCCAGGAACCAAGUGCUGUGUGGAGAAGUGAAGAUACUGAACGGACAGAUUGGAACCUUGCUGGAGAAAGGGAAACACGAUGAUGAGCUCCUAGAUGCCUUGCUGACCCAGCAGAAACAAAUGCAGGAGCUCUUAAAGGGCCUGAGCCAGAAGGAGGAUAAGGACAAGGAGCCUCAGCAGGUGGUAGGGCAGCACCUGAACCCUGGGAUUCAGGGAAAAAACAUCAUGGAAGACAAGCUCAGGGAGCUGGUGGCUGAGCGAGAAGCAAAGGUUAAAACACUGGAGAUGGAGGUUGAGAAACUCACAUUUCAGGACGAGUCAGAAGCUGCUAAUCUACCAUGCUCUGAGCACUCAGGAGCACCUGAGGGAUCAGGCAGUAGCAAGGCUGGAAGGACAGAAUCUGCCCGUGCAGUGUCCACGAUGGGCCACGUGCUCGUGGAGUCAGCAGCCACAGAGCCUUUCUUCCUCAGGGGUAGCACCCCAUCUGGAAGGUCUGGCACGGACAGCUUGGACUGGGAAGUGCUGCCAGGAGAGAACACCGAGCAGAGGGCUCUGUGCCAGGCUGCUGAAGUGGAGAGGAGCAAGCUCCUGGAGCUGGUGACUGUGCUGCAGAAAAGGUUGGAGGAAAGCAGCAACAAAGUCUUGGAAGCUGAGAAGAAGCUUCAAGAGGAGAGGUGGCAGAGUGACAUCUUGGAACAGCAGCUUGAAAAGCUGCAGGUGGAUCUAGGGAGCAGCAGAACUGCCCAGAAACCUGCCCUGAGGAGCAGAAAAGCCCAGCCAAGCCUCCCCUUGCAUGAGGGUGACAGAGAGGAGCUCCCUGCAGCCCUGUCCAAGCUGUCCCUGGAAUCUCAGGUGGAGGAGCUCAGCACAAGGUUUGUUCUCCCUCUCUCCAUGCCGGGAUUGUUCUUUCCUCCCUCAGGGAGAGGAGGAACAAGUGCUCAGCCUUUUUCUCAGGGCUCUCAUAAAAUCACCGCAGCUCCAGGGUUUCAGUGUUUCUUCCCCGGAGCAGAGGUGACAGUUCUAAAUUUGCUUUUGAAGCUCCCCAGCUCACAGGGAAGUUUUUCUUUUUGUUUCCUUGCAGGCUUGGGAUCCAGCUGGAUGAGAACAAAGAUCUGAAAGCUGCUCUGGCGGAGACUGUGAGAAAGAAAGAGGAAGAUUUUUAAACUGUAUCGAGACAUAAUGGAGGAUGUGAUAGGUUUUCACAGGCUAUUCAGCAGCACACACAAAAGAAAAGUUAAGCCAGAUAUUCCCAGUCUUUGGGCUGCAGAGCAGGGAGAGAGCCCAGGCACCAGUGUCAUUUUGCAGCCUCAGAUCGUGUCAUUUCAUUAGCAUUUGUGGCAGAGAAACAGAGAUGAAAUACAAAAAGCGAAGGUUUUA